AUGUCAAUCGUCUCCAGCAGGCAGUCAGUGGUGUUGGCGCUCGUGAUCGGGACGGCUCUCUUGGCUCUCGCGGCGGCCGAGCUCACCGAAACGUGGUUCGAUUACCGGUCUCGAACCUCCAAGGAACUCAAGAACAGGGCUAAGACGUCCCUCGACACUAAUAUGGAUUUGGGCGAGAUCCACUCCCGGCAGAAGCGUUUCGUGGCGUUCCCGACCGGCUCGACGUUCACGAUCACGCCCGUUCUGUGCAUCCCUGUCGUGUCGGUGGGCGACCUGACUGGCUACCUCGACAUCGAACUCCCGUUUACCAUCAAGCUGCCCAACGCCACGCAGAUCACCUACUCCGGCAGGAUGGACGACGACCGCAUGGGCAUCUACUCCGUCCUCAUCGAUACCCUAAGCAGGUUCGGAUUAAACGGAAAGUCAUGUCUUCUGCGGGCUGUGUGUGAAGUCGCCGAGUCUCCUCUGAGAGACGAUGGACUAUUCGGAGAAAUUAUCAACAUCGUGCUUACCGCCUCUUACGGAUCAAGUUCCAGCGAACUGUACGAUUACGUUAACGCCGAAUACUACGGAAGAGCUUAUGGGAGCUGCUGGUCGGCUUAUCCGGAUUGUCCUAUGUCGCUGUUCAAGCUCUUUGAGGGCAUCAACGACCUCUGAGGAAUGGGACGUGGAGAGGAAGAGGGAGACGAGGAGGAAGAGGGUGGAAGAGGAAGAAGAGGAGGA